AUGACAUCUACUUUAAAGGAAAAUCAUGAUCUCCAAGUUCAGGAGCUGGAGGCUCUCAAGGCGAUCUAUAUGGAUGAUCUCAUCGACCUGACAGAGACAUCAACAGCCUGGCACAAGGAUCCUUAUCCCAAAUUUGAGGUACAUCUUCAUUCAGACGAUACAAAAGAACCCGUCUUGUCUUUAUCAAUCCAGUUUGAGAUGACCUUGACCUAUCCCAAGACAAUGCCUAUCAUAAAGUUCGUCAAAUCUAAGAAUGUGCUUACUUCUCAGAUAGAUAAGCUCAACGAUAUGAUUAAGCAUACUUUCAAAGAUUUGAAAGGUCAAGAAAUGUGCUACGAAAUCAUAACUCAGAUCCAGGAGAAACUUGAUGAGUGGCAAUCAAGUGCCAGAAAUGAAUCAUUGGAGGAAGAGAGAGUGCACAGACUUCAGAGAAGACAAGAAGAACUGGAUGCAAUUGAAAGGGCAAGGCUGGCAAAGGAGAACGAGGACCGUGCAAAGGAAGAAGAAAUGCUGAAUGAUCUCAUCCAGAGGGAGCUCACACGAAGAACGAAUACGUCUGACAAUUACGAUAAUGAUGGCAAUGAGACUAACCAAUUUGAUGAUUCAUCGUCUUCAACUACAGACCGCAGUAAGAAUUCGAAAACGAGUAGCGACGGUAGUAACAAGAAAAAGAGGAGAAGUCUGGGGUUGAACACCUAUGAAAUUGAAGAGAAAUAUUUAGUUCCACCUCACUGUGAGCUAAACUCAAAAGACUUCUAUGUGUUUGACAAAGAAAUAAUGACGAAACCAAAUUCUGAGCAUGUUUCUUUCAAUUUUAGAACUGUUACCGGCUUUGUUGCAGUUCCAAAAGUUGGUGUCUUGAAAAAUGUCAGUAGGCAAUUCUUAGUGAAGCCGUACGUUCAUCCCCAAUCGGAGCUUUACACACAUGACGGAAAAAAAUCAACCCCAAUCUACAAACAGAAUGAAGAGCUCUCGUCGUUACUCCUCUUAACAGAGAUAGAGUUGAACAAUCCACAUUGGAACACAAGUGACGGCAAAGCAGCACUUCACAGCCUUGAUAGAGAGCUACAAAGUUCUUGCGAACUGAAGCAUGAAAACAUUGCCAGACUCUAUGCUUCGCAAAUUGACAAGAUUGUACAACAACCCUCCACUGAGAACCCCAUAGAAAGAGGUAUUGGUGGGAAACGGAGAAGAGAACCCGAACAAUUUUUGUGGAAGAUAAGGAUUUUGACUGAGUAUCCUUCAAAUGGAACGUUGGACACUUUGUUGAGUACGGUAAAAUAUAUCAGUUUACCCACUGCAAGAGAGUGGAUUAUUCAAUUGCUUGAAGGAUUAGAAUAUAUUCACAAACAAGGUCUUGUUCACCGAAGUAUUAGUCUGGGAUCGCUCCAGGUUAUACAAAGCUACGACAACACUCCAUCGACUUUAAAGCUGACCAGCAAUUGCUAUGGUUACACAAUUUUAGACAUGCUGAAAAACUUCCCUAAUGUAGAGUCAAAUAAGACACCACUUUUGCAAAACUCAUGGCCGGCUCCAGAACUCCAGCGAUCGAAACCAUCAAGAAAAACAGAUAUUUGGGAUCUUGGAGUCACUUUUGUUCAAAUGAUUGCUGGCCAAAACAUUACUAGAGAAUACAGUUCUCCAGAGGACUUCUUGGAGAACUACACCAAUUUAGAGCCAUCGGUAAAAGAAUUUUUGGGUUACACGUUUGUCACCAAGCCAAGGAAUAGAUUUGGACCACUGGAGCUGCUUCCAACAGCUUUCCUCCGAAAUACUAUUGUGGAAGAGCCCACUGAUAAUAGUUCAUCAAAGCUAGGUUCCUUGAAUUACCUCGAUGCGUCCAAGACAACCCAUAGAAGGAGUUUUAAUAAUACUGGAAACAGGCGGUACUCCUUUCAUAACAAUAAUGGAAGUGCAUAUUCAAGAUACAAUAAUGAUUUUGAGGAAGUGGGAAUUCUUGGUAAGGGGGCCUACGGUGAGGUUGUGAAGGCAAGAAAUAAACUAGACGGUAGAUCUUAUGCCAUUAAGAAAAUCAGGCACAAAGAGGACAAAUUGUCUAGCAUCUUAAAUGAGGUACUGCUUUUAGCCAGAUUAAACCACCAAUACGUUGUGAGAUACUACGCUGCUUGGUUAGAAGAUGAUUACAUUUUAAACCCACGAGAGAACGACAACCCAUUUGACUCUUCUGCCUCAGAAAGUGAGACAGAAGCUGAAUCAGAUACUCGUUCAGAGCCUCAAAACUCUCUCUCUCAUAGCCACAGUGCCGUGGAUUUCAUAUCCAAUUCUAUGAGUUAUCCAGAUAUAGAGUUUGGUUUUUCGGACGAAGAUCAAUCUGAUGGCACUGAAGAUGCUGCCACUGGCACUGCUACUGAUAUGGAUAACAUUUCUGUGGAUUUCACUUUUGGUUCUGAAGACGAAAAAACUGAUCACAUUACUCCACGUAAUAAGAAGUUGAACAAGAAGAGUACUUUGUUUAUUCAAAUGGAGUAUUGUGAAAACCGCACAUUACACGAUUUAAUACGACAAGGUCUUCCAAGCAAUCCCGGUGAGUAUUGGAGAAUCUUCCGCCAGAUUUUAGAGGCACUUGAACAUAUUCAUUCACAAGGUAUCAUCCAUAGGGACCUUAAACCCAUGAACAUAUUCAUUGAUGAACAGCAGAAUGUUAAGAUUGGAGAUUUUGGUUUAGCUAAGAACGUCCAUAGCCUGUUACAAGUGACUUCUCAAGUGGGCUCUUUGCAACUCAAUGAAGAUUUGACAUCAGAUAUUGGCACCACAUUAUAUGUUGCUAACGAAGUAGAAUCUGGAGAUGGAAAUUACAACAACAAGGUUGAUAUGUACUCUCUUGGUAUAAUCUUUUUUGAAAUGAUUUAUACGCUUAACACAGGAAUGGAAAGAUAUACCGUUCUUUGUGCUUUGAGGUCACCGGAAAUUCGAUUCCCUGACGAUUUCAGUUCUGCUAAACAAGGCGAAGAAAAGAAAAUUAUCAAGAUGUUACUGAAUCAUGAUUUCGUAAAGAGACCCUCUGCUAGAGAAUUAUUGCAAUCAGGACUACUGAAGGUCGAACAGCAGGAUCAAUUGAUGAAGGAGGCGAUGAAGUCUUUAGUCAAUCCUUCAUCUCCUUGGCACCACCAGGCAAGGAAUGUUUUGUUUUCUCAACCGUACAGUUUAGCUCGUGAUUUAUUGUUUGAUAAAAGGAUUCAAGACUAUUCUUCUUCAGACUAUCUACUCCACGCUAAGAUUUCAGAGGAAAUCUUUAAUAUUUUCAAACGGCAUGGAGCAGUGGAAUGUAUAAGCCAAUCUGACCUUUUCCCCAAGUCACCGCUAUACAACGUUGAUAAUCAAGUCUACGAAUUGUUGGAUCAUUCAGGAUCGGUAUUGCAGUUAUCUUAUGAUUUGACUUUGCCGUUAGCACGGCUGAUUGGAAGAAGUAUUUUGCCUAUUCAAAAGAUUUACCGUUGUGGGUAUGUAUACCGUUCAAACGAUAGUGAUCCCGCAUCAGGCCCCAUACGUUUCAAAGAAAUUGACUUUGAUAUUGUUUCGAUUGAUUCCAAAGACAUGGUACUGUAUGAUGCUGAAUGUAUCAAAGUAAUUGAUGAUGUUAUUUCUAUUUUCCCGUUUUUCAAGAGUUCCAACCUAUUUUUUAUACUAAACCAUUGUACAUUGGCGGAGUAUAUCUUUGAUUUUUGUGGGAUCGAAAGAGCACAGUAUAUCAAGGUGGCAUCAAUAUUGAGUGAAGUUGGGUAUAGUAAAACGUUGAAGGAGGCAAAGCAUAUUCUGAGGGAUGAGUUGAACAUCCCUUCGACAGUUUUGAACGAUAUAGAGCUAUUUGACUUUCAGUUAGAGUUAAAGGAUGCCAGAUCGAAAUUUCAGAAACUCAUGUUGGAUUCUCCGUAUGCUACUAAGUCUGAGAAUAUUUUGAACUAUUUGUCCAACAUAAUUUCUUUAUUGAAGCAUUUUGGAGUCACGAAGAAAGUGUAUAUAGCUCCCCUAUCAGCUUAUACAUCCUCAUUCUACCAAGGCGGUUUAGUCUUCCAAGCUGUUUACCAGGAGAAAUUCAAAUCUAUUGUCGCAGCUGGUGGAAGGUACGACUCCUUGGUUUCCAGUGUUUCAAGGCAUUCCCAUGAAAUUGUGCCCAGAGCUGUAGGAUUCCGCCUAGCCUGGGAUUUAUUUUUUACAUACAUGCAGCGGUAUGAAUCAAUGUUUGUCAAGAAGCAUUCCUCUUCCAGAAGAAAAUCCCAAUUUUUGAAACAAAGUGCUUCCAAGAUUAAAUGGAGUGCUAGUCGAGUUGACGUUCUGGUAUGCAGCUUUACCAGCUCUCUGUUGCGUUCUAUCGGUAUAGAUCUUUUGCAGCAGUUGUGGAGCUGUGAGAUCAGAGCUGAUUUGCUGAAGAACUGUCUCACAACUGAUGAUGUUAUUAACAGAGCUCAAUUGGAUGGUGCAACAUGGGUCAUUCUUAUAAAGCAGCAACAACAGGAACCCAAUCAAUAUGGCACCAUUAACACAAAGAAAAGGUAUAAGCCUCUGCGCUUGAAAAAUUUUGAAAAGCAAACAGAUACUGAUCUUGACUUUGAGGAAGUGAUUCCUUACAUAAAAAAUGAAAUGAGGGAAAGAAACGAAGUCGAGGAGACUACAAUUGCUCCAGCCACUCUUCCUUUGAGAUCUCUUUCUGAAGAAUCUCAACUUAGAGAUUUAAGUACUGCCGAAAACGAUAGUGGGCAACAAAAGGUGAUUCUAGUGCCGAACGAUGCAACAAGAGCCAACAGGAAAUCAAACCGGAAAGAUCGAUGGGCCAUGGAGGAUGCUUCUCGCAAUGCAGCUAUACAGGUAACUAAUGAGAUAUCAAACUGUCCCAUUUUCCCCAUUGACGCUAGGGAUGAAGUAUUAGACAUGCUUUCUAUAACGUCCCUAGACCAACCAGAAGAAUGGAAGCGAAAAGUGGGUGGUGCGUCCAAUGCCACACCUCGAAGUUAUGUGGUGAACCUGUACAAUGCUCUUUCCAAGGAGUCGGCUAAGGGUACUAGAUGGGCCAUUGUGCACUCUACCAAGACGGGUAAGAUUUGUAUUUGCGACUUGCAAAAAUAA